CUUGUCGGCACCACCAUGAACCUCCAGCGCGCUCCCUAUGUCUGCGCCCAAUGCACGGCGCACAUUACCCGCGCGCCACUGCGUCAUAUUUUGCGUCGACAUCCCUCUCGGUCGAUCUGGCAGUCGCGUCAGUACAGCCAGGUCGUCCAAAAUGAUCGACCUUUCCGCGUUGCCGUCAUAGGGUCAGGUCCAGCAGGCUUCUACGCUGCAUAUCGACUACUUUCUAAGGUGGACCAUGCCAUGGUGGAUAUGUACGAGAAGCUGCCGGUGCCCUUUGGUCUCGCGCGGUAUGGUGUUGCCCCCGACCACCCGGAAGUCAAGAACUGCGAAGAUAAAUUCACCGAAGUUGCUACAUCUCCACGAUUUAAUUUCAUCGGCAAUGUUGAACUAGGCGAAAGCCUUCCCCUCAGCUCUCUCAAACCACACUACGACGCUAUUCUGUUCGCAUACGGUGCCCCGAAGGACAAGGAAUUGGGAAUUCCGGGCGAGAAGGCGACGCGCAAUGUUUACUCGGCUCGGGAAUUUGUUGGGUGGUACAAUGGUCUGCCGGAACAUCGCGAUCUUGCCCCGGACCUGACCGCCGGCGAAAACGCAGUGAUCAUUGGGCAGGGAAAUGUGGCCCUGGAUGUUGCUAGAAUCCUUCUGUCAGACGUUGAUGCUCUAGGGAAGACGGACAUAGCUGAAUAUGCUCUGGAAGAACUAGCGAAGAGCAAGAUCAAGCGUGUCCGGGUGGUUGGUCGCCGAGGGCCGAUGCAGGCCGCAUUUACCAUCAAAGAACUCCGCGAGCUGCUUCAACUACCGUCGGUAGCAUUUGACCCGGUGCCUAAAGAUCUCUUCCCUCCGGAAGACGUCAUGUCUGCCCUCCCCAGAGCACAGAAGCGGCUGAUCCAACUUCUCGCGAAAGGAUCAACCAAUGACCCAACAACCUCCACCAAAUCAUGGGCUCUAGACUUCCUUCUAUCCCCAGAAUGCCUUCACUGGUCUCCCGUUCAUCCCUACCGUCUUUCUCACGUCAGAUUCGCGCGGAACGAGCUGGACCCUUCAGAUCCAUUUCUCGCCAGCUCCAAGGUCACGCCCAAAUACCUGUCCAGCGGGAAGCGGGCUGAGGUCGACAUCCCUGCCAACACUUUCUUCCGUAGUGUAGGCUACAAAUCGCUACCACUGCCUGGCCUGGAGGACCUGGGUGUCCAAUUCGAUGAACGACGCGGAGUCAUUCCCAACGACGGCUUUGGGAGAAUCACCACGCCUAUCAACACAGGAGAAAACGAGCGGCUUCCUGACGGCUCACUGAUUUCGCAUCUGCCAGGACUUUACUGCGCUGGCUGGGUCAAGCGCGGACCCACUGGUGUGAUCGCUACAACCAUGAUGGAUGCAUUUGCUACAGCCGAUGCAAUUGCCGCCGAUAUAAGCAGCCAGGGAGGCAAAGCGUCUCUACUGAACUCGCCAGAUUACAGCUUCAAACUGGGCUGGGAAGGUGUCCGUCCCGAGGCCGAAAAGUGCGGUCUGCAGCCAACAUCAUGGGAGGACUGGCAGCGGAUCGAUCGUGCCGAGCGAGAGCGUGGACAGGAGAAGGGGAAGAUUCGCGACAAGUUCGGUCGGGUAGCGGAGAUGCUGGAAGUCUUGUCGUGAUGCAAUAUUAUAUAGACCUGUACAGUAGAUACGACUUUAGAAUUCCAUUUCACGCAUAAAA